AUGCCCUUCCGCGGCCCAGGCUCUUCGGAGAAGUGCCGACUGAUCUACGCGCGCUUCUACGUCCUCUUCACCUUCCCGCUUGCAGUGGUCCUCUUCCUGGUCGUGCGGCCGUUCUUGACGCGCCUCGACAAGCUUAAGCUCGUGCUCCUUCCGCUUAUCGCGCUCUGGGACCUACGCGCAGACUUGUGUGUGAUCUAUGCAUUUUGCAGAGCAAGCGAAAAUCUGAGCGACGAGAAGGUUUCUACGGUAGUCAGUAAAGAUGCGGAGCAAGACGCAAGGGAUGAGGCAGCAGAGGUCAGCAAAAUGAAGAGGCGCAGACUGAAAGUGCUGAAAGAACUGCUCGACAUCGCGUACGAUUUGGCAGCCUUCCCAUCUGCAAACUCCACAAGCACCUAG